AUGCAUAAGUUUUUAGUCGCCCACUUAGAAUACGGGGACCGCCCACUACUGCCCGUAACUCUCCAUCGACAACAGUCUGCCCUUUCGGAUACAGACUCCGCGAUGAAUUGGCGCAACUUGUCUACGGCGGUCCGCGCAGUGCGCAAUUCUACUUCGAUUCCAUUGUUCUCUACGCGUACCCCUCCGAAGGUCCCCGAAGCUGGGAUGUCUUUGCCGCCACUUCUCAUGGUGCACGGCGUUCUGGCGUCUGCUGCCACCUAUCGCUCGAUCAUGAAGCGUCCAGAUUUCGUUCCUAAUCGCGAGAUUAUUGGAAUUGACCUGAGAAACCAUGGGCAGUCUCCGCAUCUCCAUCCGUCAGACGGAAUGCGAUAUGAGGAUAUGGCAUCCGAUAUCUCUGCCUUUUUGGACAGCGAGGGGAUUGAAAAAGCUUGCGUAGUAGGGCAUAGCAUGGGAGGAAAAGUCGCCAUGCAUUUGGCCCUGACCGAGCCGGAGAAGGUAUCUGAGCUAGUUGUCGUGGAUAUCGCUCCGAUAAGCUACAUGAUUGGGAAGGACUCUGGCGACCCUUACGUAGCGACUCGAGCGAUGCGCGCUGUCAAACUUGAACAAAUGCAAACUCGUGCGGACGUCGAUGCUGCUCUUCAGGAAAACGGAGUCAAGUCGGAGGCAGUUCGCCAGUUUGCAAUGACUAACCUUAUCACUUCGCAAGAUCCCAACUGUAAGUAUCAGUGGAAGCUUAAUCUAGCUGCUAUUGAGGAGGCUUUCCCGAGCAUCAUGGAUUUCCCGGACCAAGACGGCCGUUCGUAUUCAGGACCGACGUGCUUGAUUCGCGGCGGGAAGAGCAAAUAUGUGCCCUUCCAGUCAAUGCGAGUUUUCACUUCUCUAUUCCCGAAUUCCAAACUGGUGACGAUCUCAGAUGCCGGUCACUGGUUGCAAGCACAGGCUCCAGAUGACUUUUGCAAAUCAGUCAAUGAUUUUCUGGUCAAGUGA